UGUCUCGCUAGAUCGUUCCACAGUCGCGAGAAAAUAGUACAAAAAAGUUCACGAGUAAAUACAAGUUGUUUUGGUAUAUUAACUUCUUCAUUCCUUAAUGAAUUUUGAUAUAUAAAAAUAAAAUAUUUUACAAUAUUGAAUAUGGACGUUUAUUUAUUAAAAAUCAUGUCGUUACGUCAAUUUUGUCAAUUAUUAUUGAAAAGAGUUGGACCUAUUCUGUAUGCUACAAGUUCUACAUAUAUAAAUCAGCCAGAAACUAACAAACCAACAGCAGAUGAUAAAUUACAAUUUGAACCAAUUGAUAUAAAAAAAUUAACUCCUGAAUAUAUGAUUCAACAAUCAACCAUAGAUGCUGUUAACAGUGCAACGCAAUCAUUAACUGUUGCAUAUACAGCAAUAAUGAAAGCAAGUAAUGAAUAUAAGGCAUUAUUAAAUGAAUUAAUUUCUCUUUCAAGAGAAACUUUAGAGUUAAAUGUUAAUGAUACACAUUGGGAUAUGAUAGUUGAACUAAGAUCAAAAGUACAAAGUAAAAAAGAAAUCUUAACUAAGUUAACAGGAUAUAUUGAAUAUGUACACAAAAUGGCAGUAGCUGUUUCAGAAAUAAGUUAUUUGUCUGGAAUGGAUAAUUUAUCUUUUACUCUUACUCAAAGAAUAGAUGAUGCACUAAGAAACAUAAAGAAAGAAAUUAACCAUAUUAUGGUACUUGAACAAGAAUAUUGUAAUGUGCAAAAAGAAUGCAUUAAAAAUUCUAAUAAAACAGAUACCAAGUCUGCAGAUAAAGUAAAAAUUAAUAAAUUAACUUAAUGUAGUAAAAUAUUUUUUGUUUAUAAUUUAAAAUUUAUGUUUAAGAUUUUAUACAAUAAACAGAAAUAAUAUGUUAAAAAUAAA